GGGAAAAGAGUGCGCGUGCGUGAGAGCGAGCGAUAGAGCGACGGAAAAAAGAGGAAACUGCAUGCGCUGUGAGAGAAAGAAAGAAGGACUACGCAUGCAGAUACACAUCGAGGUAUACAUCCCUACACCAUAGUCGCAGAGGAGACCCAGGCACCGCUAGGAAUACAAACAGAGGGUUGCAUUUUAGCGGAUUGCACGGGACACUCUGCCUUGUGUAGGGGAAGACCCGAAUGAUUAGAGUUCCUGACUUUACUGUCGGUCUGUGAGCCUGGAGCACAAUUUCAGUGAACACCUUCCUUUUCAAUAACUUCAGAUUGUGUAUCCAUUUCCUCUGUUAGCUUUUUCCUGAGAAAUGGCAAUGUGGGCGGCCCCAACUGACACAUUCAGUUACUUGUACCAACCUGAAAGCUGUCAAACCUUGAAGAGCAGAAAUACGCUUUCUUCCAUUAUGAAUCCGGUAUAUAGCCCUGUUCAACCUGGGACUCCUUAUGGAAAUCCAAAAAACAUGGCUUACACAGGAUACCCAGCAGGAUAUCCAACUACUGCUCCCACCUAUACUCCAAACUUGUAUCAGACUGGCAGCCCAGGCUACCCUCCAGCAGUUCUACUGGUGAAGCAGGGCUGGCCACAGACCUCAACUUCUGGGGCCACUGAAGGUUCCUAUGACCUCCCAGUGGACGCUGGGACUGAAAACCGAACUUACCAAGCCUCUUCUGCUGCAUUCAGAUACACUGCUGGAACUCCCUACAAAGUCCCACCGACCCAGACCAAUGGAGCCCCUCCACCCUACUCUCCAUCCCCCAAUCCAUACCAAACUGCCAUGUACCCAAUUCGAAGUGCCUAUCCACAGCAAAAUAUCUAUGCCCAGGGCGCCUACUACACACAGCCUGUGUAUGCAGCUCAGCCUCAUGUUAUUCAUCACACCACAGUUGUGCAACCUAACAGCAUUCCCUCUGCCAUCUACCCUGCACCUGUCCCAGCUCCCAGGACCAAUGGAGUAGCCAUGGGCAUGGUGGCAGGAACUACCAUGGCAAUGUCAGCAGGCACUUUGCUGACAACUCCACAACACACUCCUAUAGGAGCACAUCCAGUCUCUGUGCCAACAUACCGGCCUCAAGGAGCGCCUGGGUACAGCUAUGUGCCACCUCACUGGUAAAAUCACUGGCCAUUCAUAUCUGGAGUCAAACAUUGUAUGCAACUACUCAAGUCUUACAUUGGUGCUGGAGUGUUCACAUCACAGCGCCAACUUUUGCAAGAACAAAUAAGAGCAAAGGUCACUUUAUACAUUCUUUAGUAAUUUUUUUUUGUAAAAGCUGCUUUAUUCUAGAAUAUUUGCAUCUUUUUUUUUUUUUGCUCCACAACUCCAGACUGACACAGACCAAUGAUAGUAAUAUAAUUUUUUAUGUCAGUACCAUGGUUUCAACACAAGGCCAGUUCAGUGGUGGAAACAUAGACAUUGUUUUCUUGCGCUGCCAAAAGUAGGAAAGGAAAUUGUUGGGGUGGUGUGGGAAUGGGUGAUAAGCUAGUUUAAUAGUUUAUCAUAGGAAAAUUCUAUACAUUUCUUGACCAAAAACACAUCACAGUCUCUAUGAAUGUUUUUUUUUUUUUUUUUUUUUUUUUUUUUGCAUCAGCUUUGUUUUUAAAAUUUUAUUAUUCUUCCAGUAACAGAAAAAGGGUGUCUUCCAGAUAUGAACAACUCUAUCUAAAAACUGUUACUAUUGCUGUAAUUGUCAAAUAUGCCCUACUACAUUAUGAAUGUAGUAGCAUUUUGUUUUGAAGACAUUAGCCUUGAUUUCAUCUUAUUUUAAAUUAUGUUGGUAAUGUGCCAAUAUUUUAAACCCUGCUACCUAUCAAUUCAUAUAGCUUUCCUUUUUGUUUUGAUAUAAAUUAUAGUGAGUAUCUUUGUGUAUGGUAAUAGACCUACACUAACCUACUCAUAAAUUAUAUUUAAUUGAAAACAGACAAGUCAAGUGACCAUGCUGAACUAACUCAGAGUUAGGGGAGAAUGCAGCUGUCACAGUCAAACUCAGGACAGUAGCAUUGUUAAAUACCUGUUCAGGAAAAAAAAAUUAAGGAUUUAAAGGGAUUUAGAUGUAGAGAUAAACAGUAUGCUUUGGGACAGAGCGAUAUUUUAAUAAAAAUAUACGAGUAAGAAUACUUUAUAGUAUGCUUUAUAAGAGUCAAAAUUUUGAACUAUUGAGGUCUGUACCAUCAGAAUGAACCCAUUAACGGUAAAGUAUUACUCCAGUAUAAAGAAAUAGGGUUCUUUUUGAACUGGGGUGGGCAUGAUUUUAUUGUAUAUUGUGACUGUCACUUCCGUGUAAACUGAAACUUGACCUUUUCAAUGGAAAUACAGAGAAAGAAAUGUGUAGAACUUUAUCAUUUGCAGGCAGGUGGAUAGAGGUGGGUUUCUUCAAGCUAAGCAGUCACCUCUAUGUCAGGCAUCUUUUGACAAUCAGUAACGGCAUAACAUUUAUUCGGUAAUGUUGACCAGCCUUUAGAACUCUUUUUGAACCACUGAAGGUCUGAGCGCUUAAGUAAUUCAAACUAUAUAUGUGCAUAAUAACUUUUUUUACUGCUUGAACUUUCUCUGCUGAUAAUAAAUUCUAAAUUAUUUUCUCUAUGUGGUGUUGUAUCAACAGUCUAACAUCCACAAACACACAGUGGUUUUGAAAGAGGAGGCACAAUAUAAUCUAAAAUGUUAAUUCUUUAAUUUGGUCUAUCAUUUUUACAAAUAUAAUUAUGGAACAAUUUACAUACAGAUGGGGGGAGGGCAUUAUGGAAAGCAUUUCUGGAUAAGUAGGAGUUAAUAGAAGAAAACUGCAAUGUUGCUAGUUUAGAUAGGUAAGCAGGUAACUUGAGCCUAAAUUACUAGUACAGACGAUCUUUAAAAACCACAGGGCUCUCUUCCAAUCACUGACAUGCCUGUUUCCAAUUAUCAUACUGUUAUUAUUUUAUUAUUAUCUAUCUAUCUAUUAUUACAAUUUUUUUUUUGUAAUAUUUUAAGCAGUAAGGGUGAACUGUGAGAUGCAGCACAGAAUUGCAAACUAUGUUCCACCUGGGUCUUUGCACACCAUUUCUCAUCUCGACAUUUCUAUUUAAUGAAUAAAGUGACCACAUAUCAGAAUUAUUGUAAUAAAAUGAUGUUUAGAUAUGUUGCACAGAACAUUUAUAAGUAAUAAACUAUGCUUAUUAACAGGUACUUUAAUUGUACAACAGCUCUUGGAGAGAGCUUGUAUAGAAAAGGCAGUAUCUAUGGUACCCCUUGGUCUAUGUAGGAGGAAUACUAGUAACUACAUAUAUAACACUACCAUUUUUGUUCUGUUUGCAUUAAGUUUCUCACUAUCAAGCCUUUCAGAAUUAUAGCAGAAAAAUGUUUAGCAAAGUAUUACCCAAAUUUACGGAAAAUUAAAUACAUAUUCACACUUAUAAUAGCAUGUGUACUAUAUAUGGAUGUGUUAUAUAUGCAUAAAGCAGAAUCCUGUCAAUGCAGAUUAUGGGUUGCAUAAGACAGCAACAUUUAAGGAUGCAAACUCUCCUAGUUAUCCUACACUUCUUAAAGCAACUUCUAAACUGCAAAUAUUAUGAGUGGAGGAGGGUGAAUUACAGCCAUGGAUUUUUGUGAGAUUAUAAACAUUUCCAAGCAAAGAGAUGUUGCCAAAGCUGUAUAUUCAAAAGUAAUAUUUGCUUUCGGGGAAAUGCUUUUGUGAUUCUUUUUAAGUCAUCAAAACAUUUUAGACUUCUCACAAAAUGUAAAAUAGUAAUUUAAGAGCAUCUAAAGAAAAGAGUGGUUACUUUUUGCUUUGCACACAACUGCUUUCUAAUUUUGUGAAAGUUGGCAAAAAAGUACAUUUAUUUUUAAGUAUUUAACCUGCUGUUUUCUCUUUACUUUUGUACCCAUUUAGUCUGCCAUAGAUGCUAAAUGUUGAAAUAGUCGAUCCAGCAAAUGGAAAGCAUGUAACUCAAAUCUAUAGGCUUAUAUUUCUUUUGUUUUUGCGCAUUCCACAUUCCUUAAUUGCCAAAAUUGCAUGUUUUUUGAUGUUCCAAUUGUAUUUCAAAUUUGUGACAUAGAAAUAAUUCAAAUGCUGUUUUAUUAUACUGCCCCAGUUAAACCACAAAGCGCUGCUUCUUCUUAUUGUUUUUGUUCUUGUCACUCCAUUAUUCAGUGAAAAAUUAUUUUUUAAUGACUUCUUCCUGCCCUAAUGUAUUCCUCAGUUUAUUUGGUUUUUAAGCUUUUAGUCGUCUGUCAGUCUUAAGACUACUUAAUCAAACAUCCUUUUCUAAAAAUACACAAAUUUACUAAUUUCCAUAAAAAAUGUAAUAGUCAAUCCCUCAGAACAAAUAGUCAAAUUUACGCAUGAAAUAACUUAAAAGAACUGAAUUGUUAUGUAAGGUGAAAUCAUGCCAAAACGUAACGAUGUCCUAAUUAAAGGUGAAAAAGAGGCUGUGAAAUCACAUAAGAUAGUAUUAAUGUUUCCUAUUGUUUCAAAAGAAGAGGUCAAGACAUUUAUUUGUGAGAUGACAUUUAUUUUUGAGACUAGGAAUUGGCGAAUGGUUGCAAGAAUACCAGAAGUACUACCACACGUUUUUAAAAAUCAAAAAGUUUCUGUAACUGUAUUUCCUCUUUCAAUACAGUUAACUGUAUUCUUGACUGUCUGUUUAGAUUAUACAUGAAUUAAUUUCUUUAAGACUCUCCACUUUUUUCUGCUCUGUGACAUGUAACACUAUUGAAUUGGCUUAUGAUUUAAAAAUGGACACUCACAUUUUCUUAUUCUUGUACUCUUAUAUUUAGUCCUUCAGCAAAUAUCUGGCCACGAGAGAAUUUCCUCCAAGUCAAAUAUGCUUGUUAAGUUUUCACUUACUAUCUCACUGAAAAAUGUGGCUGUUUUUUCCCUUGUAUUGUACUCCAUUUAGGAUUAUGUUAAUUAAAUAGUGUAGUUGGGGAAAUAAUUCAAUUAUACAGUUAAAUUAUUUCUCCCUACACAAACAGAGAAAUACUGUAUAAUUAAUUAUGCUGAAAAUAUUAACAAUUUUUUGUAUAUCUUUGCUAAAACUGUACUGUAAUGCAAGACUUGAACAAUGCAUAUUAAUAGUUGUACUGGCCCAAUUCAUUGUACUUAAGGAGUACAAAUUUAGGAGAACAAAACAACAAUGAUAAUUAACUUUGACAUUAAACCAUGUGUAUUGGUAUUGCCUCUGAUAUUUAAAAAAAUAAAUCAACCUAGGUUUAAAAAAAAAAAAA